AUGUACGAACUUCCUGCAUGCACAAACGGCUAUGUUGCUAUUUUGACCGUCCCUGCCCUUCGCAUUAACUCUGUUAGCGUGCAUUAUGACGUCAAUUGGCACUUUCGCGAAGACCAGCCCUCCCCCUUUACCCGGGUUUUUGGGCCGGCACUGUGGCUUGUGCCCCCCUUUCCCGGGUUUAAAAAAGGGCUCGUCCCCGGGGUCGUCCUCGGCAUCCCUCCCCCGGGGUCGUCCCCCGGGGUCGUCCUCGUCCUCGCGUCCCUCGUCCUCCGGCGUCCUCGCGUCGUCCUCGGCGUCGUCCUCGGGGUCGUCCUCCCUCCUCGGGGGUCCUCGGCCCUCGGGCCUCGGCGUCGUUCCCCGGGGGUUUCCCUUGGGUUUUCCCUCGUCGUCGUCCCCCGCGUCCGUCCGUCGUCCCUCGUCAUCGUCCCUCGUCGUGUCGUCCCCCGUUUGUCGUCGUCGUCCCCCCUUUGGCGGCCCGGCGUCGUCGUCGUCGUCGGGGCCCCCCGGGGGUCCGUCCUCGGGGUUUGUCCCGUCCCCCGGCGUCGUCGUCCCCGGCUCGUCCUUUGGCGUCCCUCCUCGGCGUCCGUCCUCGGCGUCGUCCUCGUCCUCGGCGUCGUCCUCGUCGUCGCCUCGGCGUCGUCCUCGGCGUCGUCGUCGGCGUCGUCCUCGGCCCUCGUCCUCGGCAUCGUCCCCCGUCCUCGGCGUCGUCGUCCUCCCGGGGUCGUCCCCGCGUCUUUCCCCGGCGUCGUCCUUGUCCUCCCGGGGUCGCCUCGUCGUCGUCCCCCGGGGUCGUCCUCGUCGUCGUCGUCAUCGUCGUCUCGGGGCGUCGUCCCCCGUCGUCGGGCGUCGUCCCCCGUCGUCGCGUCCUCGGCGUCGUCGUCGUCGUUUGUCGUCGUCCCUCUCGUCGUCGUCGCCCUCCUCUUUUGUCUCGUCGUCGUCGUCGUGUCGUCGUCCCUGGCGUCUCGUCGUCGUCCCUCGUCCCUCGUCUCGUCGUCGUCCCUGUCCUCGUCGCCCCCGUCGUCGUCGUCGUCGUCGUCGCCCCCGUCGUCCCUCGUCGUCGUCUUUGUUCCCUCGUCGUCUCUUUGUCGGCGUCGGCGUCGUCGUCCGUCGGGGUCGGGCCCGUGGCGUCGUCGUCGUCGUCGUCCUCGGCGUCUCGUCCUCGGCGUCGUCGUCCCGGCGUCGUCGUCGUCGUCGUCGUCCUCGGGCGUCUUCCGUCGCGUCGUCGUUUGUCGUCCCUCCCCCGUCUUUGUCGUCGGGCGUCGUCCCUCGCCCUCGUCGGGCGUCGUCGGCGUCCCUCGUCGUCCUCCUCGGCGUCCGUCGUCGUCGCCCUCGGGGGGUCGUCGCGUCCCUCCGUCCGGCGUCGUCCGGAAUCAAGUCGUCCCCCGGCGUCGUCCUCGGCCCCCCUUGGCGGUCGUCCCCGGGCGUCGUCCCCCCGGCUCGGCCCCGCUCGUCCCCGCGUCCCUCGUCCCCCGGCGUCGUCGUCCUCGGCGUCGUCCCCGUCGUCGUCCCCGGCGUCGUCCCCCGUUCGUCCCGGCGUCCCUCGGUCCCCUCGGGUCGUCCUCCCCGGGGUCGUCCUCCUCCCGGGGUCGUGUUUCCCCGCCCCGUCGUCCUCGCCUCGGCGUCCCCCCCCCCGUCGUCGUCCCCGGGGGUCGUCCUGGGGUCUCCUCCUCCCUUCGUGUUGGUCCCUCGGCCCCCCGGCGUCCCUCCUCCCGUCGUCCUCGGGGUCGUCGUUCCCCCGGCUCGUCGUCCCCCCCGGCGGGCGUCGUCCCCGGGGUCGUCGUCCCCCGGCGUCGUGUCCCCGUCGUCGUCCCCGGCGUCGUCGUCCCCGGCGUCGUCGUCCCCGGCGUCGUCGUCCCCGGCGUCGUCGUCCCCGGCGUCGUCGUCCCGGCGUCGUCGUCCCGGCGUCGUCGUCCCCCGUCGGGCGUCCCCCCCGGGGUCGUCUCCUCGGGGCGUCCCGUCCCCGGGCCUCGGGCGUCGUCCUCGGCGUCGCCCCUGGUCCGUUUGACGUCCCCCCGGCUCGUCCUCCCGGCUCGUCCCGGUCCCCCUCGUCGUCCCCCGGGCUUUGUCCUCGGCUCGUCUCCCGGCCCCCUGUCCCCGGGCUCGUCCCCCCGGGGUCGUCCCCGGGCUCGUCCCCCGCUCGUCCCUUUGGCUCGUCCCGGCGUCGUCGUCCCCCCUUCCUUCCCCUGGGCCCCGCGGCUCGUUCCCCCGGGGGUGCCCCGGGCUUGCCCCCCUCCUCUCCUGGGGUCGGUCCUCGGCCUCGUUUUGGAUACCCAUCCUGAAGCAACUGUUGCCUUGAAGAACAUCGUCUUCCGCAAUGUUACAGAGUUGAAACAAAACAUCCACAAAUGCGUUUAUUAUAUGACACUGAGAAUAUUGCGAGUACGCAGAGUAUGGAACUUGCUAAGAGCCAAGAUGUAA